UUCACAAAUCCAAUGAUGCUUAUUUUCUGUUGCAUAUCAUAAAAUAAAAUUCUACAGCGUGUACAUUUCGCAAAUAUUUCACUCGAUAACACAUGCAACAAUCAUAAUUCGCGCAUAAAAAAGUAAGUAAGUGCUAAAAAAAAAAAACAGUGGGGAAAAAGAAAAUCAACAAGACCCGUCAACGCAGUGCGACAUCAAAUCGUAAAUUUCUACGCGUCACGCUCACACGUCUACGACGAAAAUAAACAAAGGAAAGCAAAGUUCAGCGCAAUAACAAUAACAGCAACAACAAUAGCUAUAGCAGCAGUCAACACACCCUCACUGACAGCCAGCAAGCCAGUCGGCCCGCCUGUCAUAUAAAACGCGUACGUGCCUCGUCAUAAACGCGCCCUAAACGAGGCAUUCAACCAAAAACCAAACCACAAAACCAAAUGGCACAGCCAAAGAAAGUAAUUCAAUAGCAAAGCGCAACAAACAGCAACAACAACAACAACAAACAGCAACAAACAACAACAACAUCAAAUAUAAAACACAUAUUGUGCACAUAUUCUUAUUAACGCAUCAUAUAUAUUUAUUAUAUUCGCAAUAUUUGAACAAAAGGCAAAAACUGCAGAGACCUGCAGCGAUGCGUUAAGCGAAACGAUUCCGAAUGCCAUGCAAUGCAAAGCCGUAAAUAAUUAUAACGCGCCAAUAUAUGUACAUAUAUAAUACAUACACGUAUAGUAUAUAUUUAUGUGGCAUUUGUCGGAAGCCAGCUCACAAUAUACUUAUAUAAAGCCGUAUAGUAAAUAUAGUGAAUUAUAAUACACAUUAUACAUAUUCAUGAAUUUAUUACUCAAUUAAAGCGAAGCCAGCACCACGACAAAAGUUGUAAAAAAAAAAAAAAAAAUCAAAAUUGAAAUACAAAAAUGCUGAUGCCGUGAAAGUAGAGGCAACAACAGCAACAACAACAAAAACAAAAUGCACAAUCGGCAAUAAAAACACGCAUGCAACAAAAUUAUAUUAUUAACGUGAAAUAAAUCACAAAUGCAGUUGUUAAGCUGCUGAAGUUUUAAAAUCAACAGCCGCAACGUUUUAAUCAGUAAUCGGUUAAAAAAAAAAAAACAUCUGUGAGUGAAGCGCCUACCCCCUCCCCCCAAACGAAACCAUAAAAGCGCACGCGCAAGCGCUGCUCCGCAAACAAGUUGGCAGCACUCCCACCUCUAUCGGUCAUCCAAGCCGCAUUUUUUUGUCCUUAUCAACACUUCUACCAAAGCGAAGCCGUCAAAGUGGAUUUAACAAAUUAUAAUAAAAUGCUGCAAUCCAGCAAUCAUCAUUACUUGAGGCCGGAUUAUAUGGCAGCCGCCGCGCCAACUGCGCUGGAUAACAAAAGCAGUCCGUUGGCGCUAUUGGCACAGACAUGCAGCGCCAUUGGCGCAGACACCGCUAAUCCCAAACUGCUGGCGGCCAACAUUGAAAAGUCCACAAAGACGCUCAAGGGUGGCGGCGGGAGCGGCAACGGUCAAGGCGGAGCGACAACAGGAGGCGGCGGUGGCAGCGGUGGCUUAACGGACAAUGCACGCGAUAAAUCCUCACCAGUUAGCAGUCAUUCGUCCUCGGUAUCUACGGGGUCUGUGGAGCAACAGCCGCAGCCUCUGCCGCUGGCAAACAAAGUGCUGAGCACCUUUAAGCCCUAUGAGUCGAACAACAAUCAUUUACCGCCCAGCAGCAGCAGCAGCAACAGCGACUGUGGCGCCACAAAUCUCACAAAUAGUCAGCAGCGUGUCAAAACACCCAAGGGCAGCGGCACGAAUGGCCAGCGCUGUGAUUCCAACCAAAGUGCCAGCAGUUCACAGCGCGGCUCUCCGGCAGCUUCCGCUGCUGGAUCAGUGGCGACCACAAAUGGCUUAAGACGCACACCCACAGCAGGAGCAGGCGGUGGCGGCUCCAGCGCCCUUGACUUGCAUGCCCGCCUCAAUGGCAGUCCUGUGCAGGCGCGCACCAGUUCCAAAGAGUCCGCUUCGCUGCACAGCCCCAGCGUUCCCACAACAACAACAACAGUCAGCAGUGGCAUGGGCAGCGGCUCGCGUCUUCAGGCCGCCUCCGAGGCGGCUCUGGCCGCCGCCAAGGAGGCCAGCUAUGUGAAGGCCCUGCAUGCAGCGGCCGCCGCUGCCGGCGUGCAGAACAGCAGUGCGCAGGGUGGUGCUGGAUCGGCAUACUAUCCGACUGGGUAUGGAGCCUAUCCCAUGGAUUUGAUGGCAGCCAGCACACUGAUGUCCCCACAUCAUCCCAUGUUCAAGGCAGCGGCCAUGAACCCCUAUCUGAACUAUGCUCGGCUCAAGGGUCUGGAGCCGAUGAUGUCGUCGCCGAACGUUUGUCGGGAUCCCUACUGCACGGGUUGUCCCUCAAGUCCGCAUUUCCUGAACAAGGCCGCCGGACAACCCUGCGCUGCCGGCUGUCCGCAAUGCGAGAGCGGCAAGAAUGGUGUGGGGGGCAAUGGACAGAGUCCGGGCGGUUCCAGUGCGGCAGCUGUAGCCGCUGCGGCCGCUGCCUCCUCCUAUCAUGCCCAAUUGGCCGCUUUGGCUGCUGCCUCACAGCUGCCCUAUGUUUGCAGCUGGAUUGGCAGCGAUGCGGCAUAUUGUGGGAAGCGUUUCGGCACCUCCGACGACCUAUUUCAACAUUUACGCACACACACCGCUUCAGUGCCCGACUCGGUGCUGAGUGCUGCGGCAGCUGGCGGCAUACCACCGAAUCAUCCGCUCUUUCAACGCACCUAUCCCACACCACCGUUGAGUCCACUAUCUGCGGCAGCUCGUUAUCAUCCCUAUGGCAAGCCCUCAAUGCUGCCCCCCUCGUUGGCGCCACCCGGCCUCCCAGGGUUGCCACCGCAUCCCGCACUGGCACAAUAUUUUGCACCCUACUCCCUAUACGGACCACGGAUGGGGUCGUCGCAUCCAUAGUGGCUGCAAGAGCCGGACAAACUGGCCGCUGGAAGGCAUUGAGGCAUCAACAACAAUUAUUGAUUAUUGAUUAGAGAUAACAACAUUCAGUCAACAAAACCCCCUUUUUCUUCUCAAGUUUUCUGCAAAACUUGCUGCUGUAUGUAGUAGAUGUGUAAACUCACUCGUGAAACGAAAAGCUAGUGAUCUAAUGUACUAUAGUUACAUACAAAUAUUUACAAUUACGAUUUAAGUACAUUAUUAUUAUUAUAAAGAGAAUCAUUUAAAAAAAAAACCAGAAGAAUAAAGUACAGAAUUAUGGCACAACAAUUUGCUUACAUUGAUUGUAUUUUGUGUCUAUAAUUUAAUGACUACAAGUAUGUAUGUUUAAUUUAAACAAUAAUAACAACAAAAAACAUUAUUUAUUCAAUUUAAAUGAUAUAUAAUUAUAUACAUACAACAAC